AGUGGUAGAGUCAUUUGUUUUUUUUUUCCCCCUCACCAAACAUGGCUGCUUUCAACGGAGUGCAGCUUCUGAUCCUCAACGUGCUGGCGUUCUGGAGCGCCGUCAACGCCGGUGGCCUGCACCCGGCCACCGAGGGAUUCUCGCACACCAUUGCCCACCCUGACGGCUCCACGCACCAUUCCACGUUCAUCAGGCACAACACCGACGUGGUGCCGCGUGACCACGACUCCGGAGUCUACGAUCCACAGACGGGACACGUCGUGUCCGUCCACUCGGCCGGCGCUCAUGGUUACGGCGUUGGUGCUAGUCACGUGGUUGCCUCCAGGCCCCUCGGAGCUUACGGUGCCACAACCUACGGAGGUGCUGCUUACGGUACUGCCGCCUACGGUGCCCUUGGAGCGUACGGAGCCUACGCCGCACCGUCCUACUCUGUGGCCGCUGCUCCAGCUGUGUCCGUAGCCGCUGCUCCAGCCGUGUCUGUAGCUGCUGCCCCGGCAGUCACUGUGGCACACGCACCUGCGGUCUCCGUCACCGCCCCUGCUACUACAACUGUCGUGGGCCACGGAGUCACUGGCUAUGGUUACGGCAGUGGCGUCGGCCUUGGCUACACCACUGGUCUCGGUUACGGUGCGGGUUAUGGUCUCGGUCUCGGCUACGGGGCCGGCUAUGGUCUUGGCUACGGCGUCGGAACUGUCGGAACAGUCGGCACAGUUGGAACGGGAGUUGCCACCUACGGAACCGGACUCGCUACAUAUGGUGGCGGCUAUGGGGCCGGCUAUGGUGCUGGCUAUGGUGCCGGCUAUGGUGGUGGCUACGGCUACGGCCUCACCAGCCUCGGCGGCUACGGGUACGGCUAUGGCCAGCCCACGUCCCGCACGGUUGUCCAGAGGGGACCGUUCAUCAACAACCGUGUCGUGCAGACGGCAUUCGGUGACGUCCACACCCCGCACCACGAGUUCCACCACCACGAGCACCACACCGUGCACCCGACCGGUGGCACCGCGUUCGCAGCCUUCAAGAAAUAGGAAGCCCUUACGUUGAACUGCGGAUAAUGGGUGGCAAUGGGACGAGCAGCAAGCCUUCAAGAUCAGCGUCGUCCGACCAUCUUGUAGUCACUGCAGUAAAGCCAACGUGGAUCUCCACUUUAGACUGGCAAACUACACGCCUACGCGGUUCCUGAAAAUAGAUACUUCGAGACAUACACACAAGAAAGCCCUUGAAAUUCUGUCAGCUGUAUGCUUCAUGUAAAAAUGUUGUCGCCUGGUUGUUUAUUGUUACAUAUUUAUAAAUAAAGAAGAUAUUUUUUUAGUAAAAACACAUUUCGAAAUACGAU